CCAAUCAAGCGGCCAGCACCCGCCACCAGCCACGUCACAACGCCUCGCUCGGCGGCCCGAAGGAGAUCGCGGCCCUCCCAAGCCCGAUCCGAGACACCGGAAGCAACCCUCGAUCGAUCGAUCGAUCUCGACCGCGGCGAUGGAUUUCUCCGGCGGGGGCGGCGGCGCGACGCUGUCGGAGAUGUACCAGAGCGCGCGGCGGCUGCUGCUGUCGGCCCGCGACGGCGUGGCCCGCGUCGAGCGGCUCGCCUCGGCGCCCGCCUCCUCCUCCUACUCCGCCUCGGCGCCGCUCGUCGGCGCGCCGGACCCGGCGGGCGCGGAGGCGGUGCGGAGGGAGGUGGCGCAGAUCCAGGGCCUCUGCGCGCAGAUGGACCGCCUCUGGCGCUCCAUCCCGGCCAAGGGCCAGCGCGACCUCUGGAAGAGAAAAGUGGAGCAGCUAUCUGAAGAGGUUGAUUCAUUGAAGGAAACCCUCGACAAGCACUCAUUGCGGCAACGAAAGCGGAUUUUGGAAGCCAAGGAAAGGGCGGAGCUAUUUGAGAGAGCUAAUGGUGAGUCGUCGCAUGUCCUUCAAAUAUUUGACGACGAAGCCCAGGCAAUGCAAUCGGCCCGCAGCUCUUCUCGAAUGCUUGACGAAGCCUUUGAGACAGGAGUGGCCAUCCUCCACAAGUACUCUGACCAGAGGGAUCGUCUGAAGAGCGCGCAAAGGAAGGCUCUAGAUGUCCUGAACACCGUUGGCCUGUCAAACUCGGUCUUGAAGCUUAUCGAAAAGCGGCACCGAGUCGACAAGCGGAUCGCGUACGGCGGCAUGAUCAUCACGGUCGUGCUGAUGGUUGCGUUUUGGCGAUGGACACACUAGUUCUCGAUGUUCUCUAGAGGUGGGCACAGUAGCGCAUGAGGAAUUAAGGAAGGGGGUUCUUGUUCAGUUUAAAGUUUGCUAUCUGUAGCCCUUCCUUGUGUAGCAGGCACAACUCUGCUCGGUUACUGAUCUAUCUUCUUUGUACUACUAUUAUAUACUGUGUGUAUAGCGCGGACUAUGAAAAGAUGUUGACAACCCUCAGAUCAGAUAUAUUCUUCUGCAUGCA